AGUGGAAGGGAAAGAUUUGCUUGAUAAUCCAAAUCAUACCUAACAUAAACAUAUAACAACGUCUAACAGCAAGUAUGAGACCUGGGAGCUGGGUAGCUGUGACUUCUCUUCUUGUUCUUGUGUGUGGAGCUUUGUGUCGCGUGCGUAAGGGCCAAGAUGAAAUAGGUGGAGGUGAGAUGUAUGCGUCACCUGCCAGGAGCCGCCGUUACCAUCACGGCGCCACCACGACCAUCACCACCACCACGCCGACCACUGUAUCUACUGCUACCUCCACUCCUCGCACAAACAGGACAGCAACAGUGGGUCGCUUUUUGUUCUCCAUGGUGCGCAUCGCAAACACCGGGUGCGUCGCGGACGGUUCUAGUGGUACUUGCUAUACCGCCACGGAAUGCCGCCAGCGAGGAGGCACCAGCAUUGGAUCCUGUGCUAGAGGCUUCGGCGUGUGUUGCUACAAGGAAAUAACCUGUGGAGACACGACGAUGACCAACUGCACGUAUCUGGUGAGCCCGGGCUACCCCUCCACCUACAGCGAUGCCCUCACCUGCACCAUGACUGUGUCCCGCUCGCCAGACGUCUGCCAGCUGCGCCUCGACUUUGAGACUUUCGAAACCUUCCCGCCAGACCAGUUUGGAGUGUGUAGCGAGGACCAGUUUACGGUGGACGGCGAGAGAAAGUUUACUUAUCUGUGUGGAACUGCUCCUGCAAACUGGCACUUCUACUUGGACGUGUCAGAGAAGGAUAACCCCACAGUGUUCGCCUUCCUCACCACUACCGCAACCUUUCGCAGGAGAUUCAAGAUAAAGGUGUCCAUGAUCAGGUGCUCUCAGAAAGUGCCAGGUGGAUGCGGGCAGUACCUGACGGGGACUUCAGGUGUGGUACAGAGCUUCAAUUACGGCGGCUUCUACCUGGCUGGCCUCGACUAUGGCAUCUGCUUCAGGAAGGAAAAGGGCCACUGCACCACCACCCUCACCACCUUGGGGCCGUCCUACACUGGCUGCCCGGACCUGUAUAGGCUGCCAGUAGGACAAUUCUCGGGUAGCACGGGGAUCCUGGGCCUGGACGUGGGCAACAUGUUUUGUCAACUCAACAUUGGCUUCUUCCCGCCGUUCCUCAGCCUUGCCUCCAUCCCGUCUCCGCUGACCACAGUGACACACGGCCCCCUCACUCUCUGGGUGCAGACGCUGGUGGAUGGUCUCGUCAACUUUAACAGCAACAGAAAUUGUCCCUCGUGCUCAGGCUUCUUCCAGCAGUUCAUGCACAACUCGUGCUGAAACACACUGGACCUCCGCUGCUGUGUAACAACGGGCGAUAUUCAGCUCCCUUUAUCAACAUUCGUCUUUGUCCUGCACCCAGGCGAGGAAGUGACCAACCUGUGUGCCUUCUCUUGGCCAACUAGUUUUGACUCUUAUGCAUAGUUCAUGCAUAGUUGGAAAGUUGGAAGCAGCGACAAGGACAAAUCCAAAGUCAACAUUAUUUUUAUUUAUUUAUAUUAUUUAUUAUUAUUUUUUUUCAUCUCUCGAUCAACAGCAUGUAUGUAGUGUGUGUGUUUGUAUGUAUGUAUGUAUGUAUGUAAGUAUGUGUGUAUAUGAAACAGUUAGUGUAGUCAUUGCUUGUAAAAUUUUCUAUGUACAACCUCUUUUUCAAAGAGUACUAUUAUAAAUUUUAUUUAUUAAGAACUUCAUAAAUUCUAAUAAUACUUGAUACUAGAAUUCACUUAAUGUAGGUAACACGUGUAUGUGUGUG